UUUUUUUUUUUUUGACCCCUAGAAGUUAAAUCGAAGUUUUACAAAAGCUAAAUGACAAUGUAGCAUUAAACUGAUUACAAUAUAUUCUUUAUAAAACAUCCGUCUUAUUUCCAAGGGAUAUAUGUUUUAAUCCAGUGAGAACGUGAAGAAAUAAAGAAGAAAAGUCACCAUUGUUCGAGCUGGAUCGCUUAACGCUUCCAAGAUUUCCAGUUCCUGUGUGGAAGAAUUACAGCGGGCUGCUAACAAGAGAGGCAGUGACCCAAAACACACAAUAUACGAAAGCAGCUGUGUGGACUGACACUCUGGACUCUCCAGCUCUGACAUAUAUUUAAAAGAGGGGCAGAUUUUGUCACAUUUGGUGACUUUUUUUGUUUAGUUGUUGCUCAGCUCCUUUUUCUUUCUCGUUGACUCUGUUUUUUUUGUUAAACGCAACCAUUUUUUCGGGAACGAAACUGGGAUUUUCCCUCAUAUUAUGCACUUCAAUGGACACCGGUGGCUCAGCGGUUAGCAUGCGAGCUGAGGACCAGCCCUUUCAUGUCCGCUACAGGAUGGAGGUGUCCUGUCUGGAGCUCGCACUGGAGGGUGAGCGGCUCUGUAAGGUGGGCGACUACAGAGCAGGUGUCUCCUUCUUUGAAGCUGCUAUCCAGGUGGGCACAGAGGACCUGCAGGUGCUCAGUGCUAUCUACAGCCAGCUGGGAAAUGCCUACUUCCACCUGCAUGACUACGCAAAGGCUUUGGAGUUCCACCGACAUGAUCUCACCUUAACCAGGACAAUUGGUGACCUGCUUGGAGAAGCCAAAGCCAGUGGAAACCUUGGGAACACUUUAAAGGUGCUGGGACGGUUUGAUGAGGCUGUUGUUUGCUGCCAGAGGCAUUUGGAUAUAGCCAGGGACAUUAAUGACAAGGUGGGGCAAGCACGAGCGCUCUAUAACUUUGGGAAUGUGUAUCAUGCCAAAGGGAAAAGUAUCUGCUGGAGUGGGGCUGAGCCCGGAGAUUUCCCAGAAGAGGUCAUGACUGCACUGAGGAAGGCAGCUGAGUACUAUGAGGCAAACUUGGCGAUAGUGAAAGAGCUUGGAGAUCGGGCUGCCCAGGGUCGGACUUGUGGCAAUCUUGGCAACACGCAUUACUUGUUGGGAAACUUUGGCAAAGCCGUGGCCUCUCACGAACAGCGGUUGCUGAUUGCUAAGGAGUUUGGCGACCGCUCAGCAGAGAGACGGGCUUACUGCAACCUGGGAAAUGCCUACAUUUUUCUGGGGGAAUUUGAAGUGGCAGCUGAGCAUUACAAGAGGACACUGCAACUGGCAAGGCAGCUGAAGGACCGAGCUGUGGAAGCUCAGGCCUGUUACAGUCUGGGAAACACCUACACACUACUCCAGGACUAUGAGAGAGCCAUAGAUUAUCACCUUAAACACCUCAUCAUAGCUCAAGACCUCAAUGACAGGAUUGGAGAGGGACGUGCAUGCUGGAGUCUUGGAAAUGCUCACACAGCACUGGGGAACCAUGACCAAGCCAUGCACUUUGCUGAGAAGCAUCUGGAGAUCUGCAAGGAGACUGGAGACAGGAGCGGGGAGCUGACAGCACGAAUGAAUGUGUCGGAUCUCCAGAUGGUUCUGGGUUUGAGCUAUAGCACUAAUAACUCCACACUGUCGGAAAAUAAGGAAAUAGACUACAACCUACAUGGGGCACGGCCCAGGAUGAGCAGAAGACACAGCAUGGAGAACUUAGAGCUGAUGAAACUCACUCCAGACAAGAUAAAUGGUGAGAAGUGGAACAGUGACAUUCUGACUAAACAGUCAAAACCUUCCCUGACAAAAACUUCCUCCAAGUUGUUCUUUGUCAGCCGAUUGCGUGGAAAGAAGUACAAAUCUGGUGGCUCCAGCAAAGUCCUCCAAGACACCAGCAACACCCUGGAUACAAGCCAAACUCCUGUUCAAGGAUCACAGAAGCGACUCAGUCCUGACAUGCUUGGAGAUGAGGGUUUCUUUGACCUUCUGAGCCGUUUCCAAAGCAACCGUAUGGAUGACCAACGUUGUUCAAUACAAGAUCGAGGCAGCAGGUUAUCACUGAACAGCGGUCCAGAUUCACCCCCAAGAACCAUUAGGAAAUCUGUGUCAGAGUCUGUCAACAUGUCAGGCGCCUCAGGCAGGCGGUUAGAGGACUCAUCGGUAGCAGGGGGAAGCCUGCCAGGCCUCAGGCUAAAUCAGAACAGCAACCAGGCCGUCCUCAGCCACCUCAUGGCCAACGCUGACAACGCUGAGCCUGACGAUGACUUCUUUGAUAUGCUUGUCAAGUGCCAGGGCUCGCGUUUGGAUGACCAGCGCUGUGCCCCUCCCCCUCCUCCGGUUCGAGGUCCCACUGUACCAGAUGAGGACUUCUUCAGCCUCAUCAUGCGCUCUCAGGCCAAGCGAAUGGAUGAGCAACGCGUUACCUUGCCUUCUGCAGUGAACCCGCCAUCCAGGUCCACUUCCAGCUCAAAUUGAACUAAGCACUAGGACACAUGCAUUUUUAUCCUUUCUAAAUAUGAUGAUGUGGACAGCAUUGCUAUAGACUCAGAAUAUAAUCCUCGUGUCUCUUAACAUUUGUUCUCCUGGACAAAAAAAAAAAGCACUGUCACCACCGUAUGUACAGAACAGUAUGGAAAAAAUCUCAAAAGGACUUGUUUAGCCUAAGUUGCACACCUACAUUAACAGUAGCAUCAGGGAUGAUAGGAUUGAUUUUAACCUUUUAAAUGUAUCCGUACUGCCGUAUGUCAUUUCAUCUCGUGUAUUUUUCAAUGCACAGCUGCAGUUAUGUUUGUAUUUAUUGUACAUUUUAUGAUUCUGUUAACUGCCGUCCCCGUAUGUUUUCACUCAGUGGUGUAUGAGUCAGUAUGAACGUGGAGGUACAGCACUCUUUUCAUGUAUUUUGUUUAUGUGUGAGGUUUUUGCUUGAUUUACAGGUGUAGCAUUGAGAAAAUGAACUGAAUGAAUUUAACUCAUACUGCCCUUUUACUCUUUUGUAAUGUUUCUGAAUAAGGUCAGAAAUAAAACUUUAUUCAUACA